CCAUAGAUGCCAUCUUCAUACUUCUGUUGCGAACUUCUCUAAGAGUCUCAGAUUCUCUGGACAAAAAUGGUGAACUUUAAAGUCAUCCGCAAGGAUACUUCGCCUAUCGAAGGCCAGAAGCCUGGCACUUCUGGCCUCCGCAAGAAGGUGAAAGUGUUUAUGUGGCCCAAUUACAUGGAUAUUUUAAUUGCAUAAUUUCUUAUUAUGUUGGCCGGAUGUUUUAGGUGAAAGUGUUUAUGCAACCAAAUUACCUGCAAAAUUUUGUUCAAUGUACAUUCAAUGCCCUUACACCAGCAAAAGUUAAAGGUGCUACACUUGUUGUUUCUGGUGAUGGCAGAUAUUACUCAAAGGAUGCCAUUCAGAUUAUAAUUAAAAUGUCAGCUGCAAAUGGAGUACGGCGAGUGUGGGUUGGUCAAAAUGGAUUGCUUUCAACUCCUGCUGUAUCAGCUGUAAUACGCGAAAGGGUUGGGGCUGAUGGAUGCAAGGCAACAGGGGCAUUUAUACUGACUGCAAGUCACAAUCCAGGUGGUCCUCUUGAGGAUUUUGGUAUUAAAUACAACAUGGAAAAUGGUGGACCUGCUCCUGAGGGAAUCACUGACAAGAUCUUUGAGAAUACAAAAACAAUUAAGGAGUACUUGGUUGCUGAAGAUUUACCAGAUGUAAAUAUCUCAGCCAUAGGUGUAACCAGCUUUGGAGGACCUGAGGGACAAUUUGAUGUUGAGGUUUUCGAUUCAGCCAGUGAUUAUGUGAAAUUGAUGAAGUCAAUAUUUGAUUUUGAGUCUAUUAAGAAGCUGCUUUCAUCCCCUAAAUUUACAUUCUGCUAUGAUGCACUUCAUGGAGUUGCUGGUGCCUAUGCAAAACGUAUUUUUGUGGAAGAGCUUGGUGCAAAAGAAAGUUCAUUAUUAAACUGUGUACCCAAGGAGGACUUUGGUGGUGGGCAUCCAGAUCCAAAUUUGACUUAUGCCAAGGAAUUGGUUGCUCGUAUGGGCCUGGGCAAAACUCCCUCUCAAGAUCCACCAGAAUUUGGUGCUGCUGCUGAUGGUGAUGCAGAUCGUAACAUGGUCCUUGGUAAAAGGUUUUUUGUUACUCCCUCAGAUUCAGUUGCCAUCAUUGCUGCAAAUGCAGUUGAAUCCAUACCCUAUUUUUCUGCUGGUUUGAAGGGAGUUGCCAGGAGCAUGCCAACAUCAGCUGCCCUCGAUGUUGUAGCCAAGCACUUGAAUUUGAAGUUUUUUGAGGUACCUACUGGGUGGAAAUUUUUUGGUAAUUUGAUGGAUGCUGGAUUAUGUUCAAUAUGUGGAGAAGAAAGUUUUGGAACUGGCUCUGACCAUAUACGUGAGAAAGAUGGAAUCUGGGCUGUUCUAGCCUGGCUAUCCAUACUUGCUUAUAAGAACAAGGAAAACCUCAAUGGGGAUAAGCUUGUGACUGUUGAAAAUAUAGUUCGCAAGCAUUGGGAAACUUAUGGUCGCCACUAUUAUACUCGAUAUGACUAUGAGAAUGUGGAUGCAGGUGCAGCAAAGGAAUUAAUGGCACAUUUGGUUAAAUUGCAAUCUUCCAUUCCUGACGUUAAUAAGUACAUCUUUGAAAGCAAUAACUCUUUUCGCUUAAACUGUCUUUCAUUCAGACUUGUGAAGGGGAUACGAUCAGAUGUGUCAAAUGUUGCCAGUGCUGAUGAAUUUGAAUACAAAGAUCCUGUUGAUGGUUCCAUCUCAAAGCACCAGGGUAUCCGAUACUUGUUUGAGGAUGGAUCACGAUUGGUUUUCCGCCUCUCAGGAACUGGCUCCGAAGGUGCAACUAUCCGUGUCUAUAUCGAACAAUACGAGGAGGAUCCUUCAAAAACUGGGAGAGAUUCUCAAGAGGCACUUGCUCCUCUGGUGGAGGUUGCUUUAAAACUAUCCAAGAUGCAGGAAUUCACCGGCCGCUCGGCACCUACUGUUAUUACAUAAAUGCAGAGUGUUAACAUACACAAGAAGUUUGAAAGUCAUCUCCAGUUACAAUAAAAAUUCUGUUUGUGUCGAUUUCAGGUGCAGAACAAUCGGAAACUUAACCGAAACUCAUACUUGUUCAUUACCCAGUUAUAUCUGUUAUAUUUGUUGUUUGUGGUUUUGCUGCUGCCUCAUUAUAAACAGAUGAAGAGUGUUGUGACUCAGAUCAUUUCCUGAUCAAAAGUUUUGUUGUUCCAAAUAAUUUGAAUGUGCUUUAUUCA